AUGGACGAGUUUGAUAGAGAGUUAGAUAAUGAAUUGGAGUUUAGUCAUAAAUCCACUAAGGGGAUUAAAGUCCAUCGUACUUUUGAAAGUAUGAAACUAAAACCUGAUCUUUUAAAGGGGAUUUACGGAUAUGGGUUUGAAGCACCAUCAGCCAUUCAAUCACGGGCAAUUAUGCAAAUUAUAAGUGGUAAAGAUACUAUAGCACAAGCACAAUCAGGUACUGGUAAGACUGCCACGUUCUCCAUAGGGAUGCUUCAAGUCAUCGACACUAAAUCCCAUGAUUGCCAAGCAUUGAUCUUGUCUCCUACAAGGGAAUUGGCGGUGCAGAUCGAAAAUGUUGUUAAACAUUUGGGUGACUAUAUGAAUAUUCAUACUCAUGCAUUAAUUGGUGGAAUUAAUGUGGGACAAGAUGUGAAAAAAUUACAAACUAGCCAACCACAAAUAGUCAGUGGAACUCCUGGUCGUGUACUUGAUGUGCUCAAAAGAAGAAACCUAUCUCCCCGACAUAUCAAGAUAUUGAUUCUUGAUGAAGCGGAUGAAUUAUUUACAAAGGGGUUUAAAGAACAAAUUUAUGAAAUUUAUAAGCAGCUACCACCUGGGGCUCAAGUGGUUGUGGUAAGUGCAACACUUUCACCAGAAGUGUUGGAAAUGACAAACAAGUUUACUACUGACCCAGUAAAAAUUUUGGUUAAACGAGAUGAAAUAUCAUUGUCUGGUAUUAAACAAUACUAUGUUCAGUGUGAAAAGGAAGAAUGGAAGUUUGACACAUUGUGUGACUUGUAUGAUAAUCUAACCAUUACCCAAGCUGUGAUAUUCUGUAAUACUAAACUCAAAGUCAAUUGGCUUGUUGAGCAAAUGAGAAAGCAAAACUUUACUGUGGUUGGCAUGCAUGGAGAUAUGAAGCAAGAUGAACGAGACUCUAUUAUGAAUGAUUUCAGAACUGGCAAUUCAAGAGUGUUGAUCUCAACCGAUGUUUGGGCUAGAGGGAUUGAUGUUCAGCAGGUGUCACUUGUUAUCAACUAUGAUUUACCUACUGAUAAAGAGAACUACAUUCAUAGGAUUGGGAGAUCUGGGAGGUUUGGUAGAAAGGGAACGGCUAUCAAUUUAAUAACUAAAGCUGAUGUACAAACCCAAAAAGAGCUUGAAAAGUUUUAUUCUACAAAGAUUAAGGAAAUGCCCAUGAACAUCAAUGAUAUUAUGUAG